AUGGCGGCGGUUCGGUGCGCGGCGAGGAGGCUCGGUGGCUCCCUGCUCCAGCGGACGCAGGCGGCGGUCGCGGAGGAGGGACGCCUGCUCGCGCCAAGCAGGCUCAUGCGCUCCCGCCAGCUCUCCGGCCAGGUCUCCGGCGAGCGAUCGCAGGUGCCGGAGCGACUCCUCCUUGAGACAGGCCAGAUCAUGCGCUACCGCCAGCUCGCAAGCGAGAUAUCCAAGAGACUAGAGGAGCCGUCUGCCUUGGAAUCUGAGGUCCAGUGCAGGAUGGAGGAGCUUUUGGCCUCGUGGCGUAAGUUGGGGGAGCUUCACAAGGAAGCAGCACCAGAUGCCUUUGAGUUGUAUGUGAAGGCCUAUGGAAAUGCGUUUAAGGCUAUGGUCGGUGGAGCUGCCAGGGCGUUGUUUUGCUUCAGUCUGAUUACUUCUCUUAUCUUUGAGUUGUUUGGCUGCUACCAAGGAAAACCAGAGAAGACAAGAUAA